UAUUUUAUAAAAUUAUUAAAUAUUUACCGAUGGUUUAAACAUGCCGUGCUGGUACUAUGAGAAGAAAGAGCUACGCAAUACACCCUCUAUUCAGGAUGGUAUUGAUUAUGAGACGGAAUGUAGAUAUCGAAAAGAAGGUGCACGCUUCAUAAUUGACACUGGCACAAAGAUGGAUUUAGGUUACAAUACAAUGGCAACGGGUGUCGUUUAUUUCCAUCGAUUCUACAUGUUCCAUUCAUUUAAAAAUUUUCCACGAUAUGUAACAGCUUGUUGCUGUUUACUCUUAGCUGGGAAAGUUGAAGAAACUCCAAAAAAAUGCAAGGAUAUUAUACGAACAGCUAAGACUUUAGUGUCCGAACAAAAGUUUAUGACAUUUGGAGAAGAUCCUAAAGAAGAAGUCUUGACUUUAGAAAGAAUUUUAUUGCAAACUAUUAAAUUUGAUCUGCAAGUUGAACACCCAUAUAGCUAUUUAUUGAAAUAUGCAAAGUGUCUUAAAGGAGAUAAAAACAAACUGCAAAAAAUGGUUCAAAUGGCUUGGACGUUUGUUAAUGAUAGUUUAUGUACCACUCUGUCGCUACAGUGGGAGCCAGAAAUAAUAGCUGUUGCUCUAAUGUACUUGGCAGGAAAGCUAAGUAAAUUUGAAGUAGUUGACUGGGUCGGCAGGCAACCAAAGCAUUUACGCUGGUGGGAUAUGUUUGUUGAAGAUGUAACUAUGGAUCUUUUAGAAGAUAUUUGUCAUCAAGUUUUGGAUUUAUAUUCGCAAGCUAAUAAUACGAAACCGCCAGAUUCACCACCCAUGAUACCAUCCAGCGAGCUAUGUAGAGAACGACCCGUUGCUACUACUACCACAGAAUCUGCAUCUAAUACACCAAAUGUGACGCCUGGAAAAUCUUCUAAGAUAGAAACGCCAGUUUCUGCAAACGGAUGUCCAACCACGGAUAUUGUGGAGACGAUAAAACCAAUAGACACUUCAACGGCACAUUUUCCCACAUAUCCAACGAAUUUCACAGCAUCUAACAAUACGAACUAUCCGCCGGCGUUUCCACCUACGAACGUUUCGGUUCCACCGCCUCCUGUGAAUACAAUGAAUCAUAUUGUACCAACAAUACAUCACAUUGGAUCCUCUGCUACCAUUCGUCCUACGCCACCGCCUGCACCAGCUACUAAUCAAACUGCUUUCCAACCAUAUUCCUAUCCAACAAAUGCAUCAUACUUCCCAGCGAAUAAUCCAAUUCCACCAACUGCACCACCACGCAGCUAUUAUCCACCACAGCCAUAACAAAAGGCAAUAUAUCAUGCAUUCAAUAAAAAUUGUAUCAAUUUGAACAUCAUUAUCUUAAUUAAUAAUGAAAA